AUGCGCGUCUUUCGCAUAUCCGUGCCGCUCAUGUGCUUCUUCUACCACUUUGUCGUAAUGAUCGUCACCUUUGUCAACUACAUCAUCGUUGUGCGACUACAGGACACCCCUCAAGUGCUUCGCUCUGCCUAUUUGGUCUUUUGCGUCAUCGAGGCGAUGGCCUAUGCCGCUGGUGCAGGUCCACUGUUUGUAUAUUCGUACAAGUACGGCACGACCUCCGCCGCUCGCCUCAGUCGCCUUCUCUGCGGUAUCGCCAUUAUGUUUCUGUUCUCCUCAGUGCCGAUGCUGUUUAUGGAGGUCGCUCAGUUCUUGUCCUUUGAUUACCAAUUCCGUCACCCCUUGGAUGGAACCGUUUUCUUUUUACAUGGCAUCGCAUGGAUCUUCGGUGGCUGCAUCACUUGGUUUGCCUACAUGCGCGUUGUAGCAGGCUGCCUCCAACGCUGGCGGGGGCCGGAGCGGCAGAUCAUCGACGACUCGGGGAACAUACCGAGCAAAGAUGUUCAGCUGCAUCUUGUGAAGCGCUCCCAGAGGCAGCCAAAUACUAUUUAG